AUGGCGUUCAAGAAUCGCGUGCUCACCGGUGCGGUGAUCAACGACGGUCACGUCGAGCCGCGCCGAUUUCUCGAGGAUGCCCGGGACAUGGUGAUCGAGCGCGUUCGCGAUAGUCUCGCUACGUUAAACGGCGUAAAGGUGAACACAGCGUUCAACGCCGAGUUCGUAGCGAGCGAGAAGACGGCGGUCAAGACGAUCGCCACGAGGAACCGCGGGCUGUUACCAUUGUCCGAACUCCGCGAGUGGUACGACGAGCACGUAAUGGAGACCACUCUGGCGGCGCUCGACGAGUUUCAAGAACGCGACAGCGGGUGGGCGUUGUCCAAGAUACUGAACUUAACGAUCAACGUGAACAAGUACAACCCCAUGCGCGCGGGGUGUGUCAUCGAUAUACCGCGAGCGAUACAGGCGAAACGAGCGGUGGUGAACGUGCGAGCGUGGGCGGUGGUCGCCGCUGUAUAUCCAAGCGCCAGACACGCGGACAGGAAGGCGCAAUACCCCGAUUUUACAUCCAUGUUAGACGUAAGUGUUAUAGAAUUUCCCAUGACGCUCGACCAGAUCGGCAGGUUCGAGCGCGGGAACGACGUAUCGAUAAACGUCUUCAUCGAGGAUGACGAUGGCAAGCGAGGGGUUAUCGUUCCGCUACGGUUAACCGACCGCAAGCGCAACAGAUACGUCAACCUGCUGUACGUGCCCGACGGCCGCGCGGGGCAACCUGGACACUUCGUGUGGAUCAGGGACCUCUCGCGCCUGGUUAGCGCUCAACUCAGCGGGAAGAAGCAGAGGAAGUACAUCUGCGAUCGGUGCCUACACUACUUCGCAACCGCGGAUAGAUUGGCCGCGCACGCCGUCGACUGCGGUAUUAUCAACGACUGCGCGAUAAUUUUUCCCAGCGAGGACAAGCUGCUGACCUUUCGGAACUUCAAGAGGAAGGAGCGCGCACCGUUCGUCGUCUACGCCGACCUCAAGUGUACGCUUGAGAAGAACGAGGAUGAGGAGGGUACGGCGAACACCGGCGCGUAUCAACGGCACAGGGCGUUCAGCGUGGGAUACUACGUGCGUUGCGCCUACGACGAGUCGUCCGCGUACAGGUCGCACCGCGGCGAGGACUGCGUGCCGUGGUUCGUCGGGGAGCUCGGCGAUCUGGCGCGGCGCGUCAAGGCGAUCCUCGCGUCCAACACGCCCAUGAGGGACCUCACCUCUGAGCAGCGCGAGGAACUGCGCGACGCCACCGCGCUGUGCCACGUGUGCGGUAAGCCGUUCGCGGAGGCUGACACCCGAGUGCGCGAUCACUGCCACCUUACCGGUCGCUACAGAGGUCCGGCGCACUCAGCGUGCAAUCUGAACUACAAGGACUCGCACGUCAUUCCAGUGAUAUUUCACAAUCUCUCGGGGUACGACGCGCACUUCAUCAUUGAGGACGUGGCGAACGCUUUCGAGAGUAGCGUGGAAUUACUGCCGCUGACGAAGGAGCGGUACAUCACGUUCACGAAGAACGUCGCUAACACAGAGGAUGGGUGCGGAACGUGCGUGAAACUGCGCUUCGUAGACUCGUACAAGUUUCUGAGCACCAGUCUCGACACGCUAGCGUCCUAUUUCGACAAGAGUCACAUGAGAAUCCUACGGUCGGAAUUUCUGCAUCUCUCCGAGGAGGAUUUCGAGCUCCUUACGCGGAAAGGCGUAUUUCCGUACGAGUACGUCGAUAGCGCCGAGAAACUGCUCGAGACUCGUUUACCACAGCGCGAGUCGUUCCACAGUUCGUUGACCGGUGAUACGGUAUCCGGUGACGAUUACGCGCACGCGAUAACCGUGUGA